CUCUAUUUUUCCAUUGGUCCGAAGAAUGUGACGUAAGGCGUGCAUUGAAAUUGUCCCACCCUACAGCGCCAUACCGUAUUAGUGUCGUGGUGGGUGGAGCGCUUCGGCCGGCUGCUGCUGAAGACCCCCGGAGGUUUGUUUUGCUGCUUCGGUGGACAUAUAUUACAAGAUGCCUUCUAUAAAGCUGCAGAGUUCUGAUGGAGAGAUUUUUGAAGUGGAUGUUGAAAUUGCAAAGCAGUCAGUAACAAUUAAAACUAUGUUGGAAGAUCUGGGUAUGGAUGAUGAAGGUGAUGAUGACCCUGUGCCACUUCCCAAUGUUAAUGCUGCAAUCCUUAAAAAAGUCAUUCAGUGGUGUACACAUCAUAAAGAUGAUCCCCCUCCACCCGAAGACGAUGAAAACAAAGAGAAGAGAACAGAUGAUAUCCCUGUGUGGGACCAAGAGUUUUUAAAAGUGGAUCAGGGAACACUAUUUGAACUGAUUUUGGCUGCCAACUAUUUGGAUAUCAAAGGAUUGCUUGAUGUCACCUGCAAGACAGUUGCAAACAUGAUUAAAGGAAAAACGCCAGAAGAAAUUCGAAAGACCUUCAACAUCAAAAACGACUUUACUGAGGAGGAAGAAGCUCAGGUACGCAAAGAGAAUCAGUGGUGUGAAGAAAAGUGAAGUUGCAUACCUGUUACCACUGUAACACUGUACAAGUCGUUCCAAAUCAACUAGUUGCACUGCUCUGUUUAUACUAGACAAUUCAGCAGCUUAAAUUAGCAGGAGGAUGUUUUGCUGCAUGUGUUGUGUCUGACAUUUUUUUUUUUUUUUCUUAUUGAGUAAUUCAGAUCUUCAAGCCGUGUUUUAACCAUUGUAAUCUUGUGUGAUAUUUCCUUUAAAACAAUAAUAAACCUGUUAGCUGCGUGCUUUGAAGAUGAAAGAUGGCAUCACAGUAGUCUACUCCUGUUCUUGCAGAACUGUGUUUUGACAGAACUUUACAUUUCCUAGAUUUUGGCUUCUCUGACAAGGCAACUUCAGCAGCAAAUCACAAUGUGUGCUGUUUUGUGUGUAUGGCAAAAUAAUCUGCCUGGAACAUGUAUGUGACAGACUCUUCUCUGUUUAGUGUAAUUGGCCACUCAGGCAGUUAUGAGGUUGUGAAUUUUUGUUUUUAUAUAAAGUUCACCUUCUAUGCAUACAGACACUGAUUUCAUACUUUAACGAACGUGUCUCAAGUUCAUGUGCGAGUAUUUAUCUUGUGUGGUGUCCCAGCUCUGAAUGUCACAGGGAGACUUUAGUGGUUUACCUUUCCCUCUAAAAGCUUAGAGAGGUAGCAUGAUUUACAUUUCCUUAGUGCAAUAGAUGCUCAAGCAUAGUUUUGAGACAAUUCCUUGGUUGCUUUUCUGUGCAAGAGAAGACUGUAGCACUGCUAAACAUUUACUGCAACAAAGAGCUAAAUAGGUUAGUGCAAGAGCCCAUUUGUUAAGUCAUAUUUCUUUUUCUGUUCUCUCACAUCCUUAAUAGGAGCGGAAAGGUAUAAUUAUUGGGAAGUGCAAAAAUGUUAUUUACUCCCCCCCCCCCCCCCCCCCCCCCCCCCAUUGAUUAUAAUUGCUUACGUGAGACUCCAGGCCAGUGUUUCUGGUUGCUGGAAACUGCACCAUCCCAGUGUAAUAGGCUAGAAGUUGACAUGGUGCUCCUACAAAAGUACCCAGGGUCUCAGAUAAGGCACCCCCAGUAAUUAUACCUUUCCUUCUCCUUAUGUGCUUCAUUCCUGGUUUCAUAUUUGGUGUUCCUUGCGAAAUCUGUAAGGAAAAGAAGGUUUGGACUUUCCUAAUAAACUGACUUUAAAAGGUUUUUUGGUUCACUGCAUUGUCAUUAAAUGAAAUUUCAUUUUCA